UGCGGGAGGAGGAGGAGGCGGAGGCCCCGCGCCGCCCCCGCCGCCGCCUUUGUCUGCGCGGGGCCGGGCGGACGCGGCGGGGCCGUGAGAAUGGAACUGACUGAAGGCCCUAUGAGAAAAAGGGAAAGCUAAGGAUGCUGGAGCAGAACAAUGGAUUUCUCUUUCUCUUUCAUGCAAGGGAUCAUGGGAAACACAAUUCAGCAACCACCUCAACUCAUUGACUCGGCCAACAUCCGCCAAGAGGAGGCCUUUGAUGGCAGCAGUGACAUUGCCGAGGAUGGGGGCCGGACGCCGUACGAGGCCGCGCUGCAGCAAGGCUUCCAGUACCCCACGCCCUCAGAGGAGCUGCCCGCCCUCACCAACGGCUACCCCCCGGCCAUCAGCAUGUAUGAACCCCAGGGCAAGUACCAGGGCUACCCUCAGUACCCCAAUGGGUCUGCCAAUGGCUUUGGGACAGGCAGGAACUUCAGCCCCACGGAGUAUUACCAGCUGGAGAACUCCAAUGGCAGGCAGCACGAAGUGCUGGAGAAACCUUCCCCUCCUCCCCAGCCGCCUCCACCGCCGCCACCACCGCCACCUCCACAAGUGGGGAUUCCAAAGAAGACUGGCUCACCAGAGAUCAAACUGAAAAUAACCAAAACUAUCCAGAACGGCAGGGAAUUGUUUGAGUCCUCCCUGUGUGGGGACCUGUUGAAUGAAGUCCAAGCCAGGGAGUACGCUAAGGCAAAACAUGAAGGGAGGAAAGAGAAAAGGAAAAAAAGUAGCAAGCAUGACUCUUCCCGCUCGGAAGAGCGCAAGGCACACAAAAUUCCAAAAUUAGAACCAGAGGAGCAAAAUAGACCAAAUGAGAGGCUUAGCACACUCUCUGAGAGACCAAGAGAAGAUGCAGUGCUGGAGGAAGCCCCGGUCCAGCAGCUCGUGCCAUCCCUUCCAGCACAGGUCACCCACGACGUCAAGUUCCAGGUUGGGGAUCUGGUUUGGUCCAAGGUGGGGACGUACCCAUGGUGGCCUUGCAUGGUGUCCUGUGAUCCACAGCUUGAUGUGCACACCAAAAUUAAUACAAGAGGUGCCCGGGAAUACCACGUUCAGUUCUUCAGCAACCAGCCAGAGCGGGCCUGGGUGCACGAGAAGCGCGUCCGCGAGUACCAAGGGCACAAACAGUACGAGCAGUUACUGGCUGAGGCAGCCAAGCAAGCCAGCAACCACUCUGAGAAACAGAAGAUUCGCAAGCCGCGGCCGCAGCGGGAGCGAGCGCAGUGGGACAUUGGCAUUGCCCACGCCGAGAAAGCGCUGAAAAUGACCCGGGAAGAGAGGAUAGAACAGUACACCUUCAUUUACGUAGACCAAGAGCCAGAGGAAGCUUUGGCCAAAGCCAAAAAGACUGCUGCUUCCAAAGCAGAGGCCAAGAAGAACCGGCGGCCAAAGGCGGCGCCGAGCUCGCAGCCGGAGCACGGCCCUGCAGCCCCGGGCUCCUCGCCCUGCCACGGCGAGCGCCGGCAGGGCCAGCGCAGGCACUCCAGCCCCGAGGAGGAGGAGGAGGCUCCACCUGUGAAAAUCGCCUGGAAAACAGCUGCAGCUAGGAAAUCCCUGCCAGCUUCCAUCACCAUGCACAACCUGGAUCUGCAAAAGUGUAACAUGUCUCCGGUUGUUAAAAUUGAACAGGUUUUUGCCCUUCAGAAUGCUGCUGGGGAUGGAAAGCUCAUCGAUCAAUUUGUUUAUUCCACCAAGGGAGUUGGUAACAAAACAGAAAUAAGCGUCAAAGGACAAGAGAAACUGAAUUCUUCAUCAGCUCAGAGAAGUGAGAAAGCUGUGGUGCAAAAUGCAUCCUCUCCUGAGACAACUUCUGGGGCAGCAGGUUCUGUAGAAAAGAAGCAACAGAGAAGAUCGAUUCGAACCCGCUCCGAGUCUGAGAAAUCCACUGAAGUUGUGCCAAAGAAGAAGAUCAAAAAGGAGCAGGUUGAAGCUGUCCCACUGGCAGCAGUGAAGACGGGGCUGCAGAAAGGUGCCAGUGAGAUUUCAGACUCCUGUAAACCCUUAAAGAAGAGAAGUCGUGCCUCCACUGACAUGGAACUGACCAGCUCAGCCUACAGGGACACGUCUGACUCUGACUCCAGAGGACUCAAUGAUUUGCAGGGCAGUUUUGGGAAACGUUCAGACAGCCCCUCAGCCACUGCUGAUGCUGAUGCCUCAGAUGUGCAGUCAGUGGACUCCAGCUUAUCCAGGAGAGGAACUGGAACAAGUAAAAAAGACACUGUUUGUCAGAUCUGUGAGAGCUCUGGCGAGUCGCUGCUGGCCUGCGAGGGCGAGUGCUGCAGCAUGUUCCACCUGGAGUGUCUCGGCCUGAAGGCCAUGCCUGAGGAAAAGUUCAUCUGCACCGAGUGUAAGAAUGGAGAGCACACGUGCUUUUCCUGCAAGCAGCCUGGCAAGGACGUGAAGCGCUGCUCUGUCAGCACCUGUGGGAAGUUCUACCACGAGUCCUGCGUGCGCAAGUUUGCCACGGCCCUGUUCGAGUCGCGCGGCUUCCGCUGCCCGCAGCACUGCUGCACCGCCUGCUCCAUGGACAAGGACAUGCACAAAGCCAGCAAAGGUCGCAUGGCGAGAUGUCUGCGCUGCCCCGUGGCCUAUCACUCUGGAGACGGCUGCAUCGCUGCAGGAAGCUUGUUUGUGUCAUCCCACAUCCUCAUCUGUAGUAACCAUUCCAAAAGGACUCACUCCUCAUCAGCUGUAAAUGUAGGCUUUUGUUUCGUUUGUGCAAGAGGGCUGGUAGUGCAGGACCAUUCAGACCCCCUGUUCAGUUCCUAUGCCUAUAAGUCCCACUACCUACUGAAUGAGUCAAAUCGUGCUGAGUUGAUGAAAUUACCUAUGAUUCCUCCUCCUUCGUCAGCUUCCAAAAAGAAAUGUGAGAAAGGUGGCAAACUGUUGUGCUGUGAGUCGUGCCCAGCUUCCUUCCACCCCGAGUGUCUGAGCAUAGAAAUGCCUGAGGGCUGCUGGAAUUGCAAUGACUGUAAAGCUGGCAAGAAGCUGCGGUACAAGCAGAUCGUUUGGGUCAAGCUUGGGAAUUACAGGUGGUGGCCAGCAGAGAUCUGCAAUCCCAGGUCUGUGCCUCUCAACAUACAGGGCCUCAAACAUGAUAUCGGGGACUUCCCAGUAUUUUUCUUUGGUUCACAUGACUACUAUUGGGUACACCAGGGCAGAGUUUUCCCUUAUGUUGAAGGAGAUAAAAGCUUUGCUGAGGGGCAAACUAGUAUUAACAAGACCUUCAAGAAAGCACUUGAAGAAGCAGCAAAGCGUUUCCAGGAACUGAAAGCACAAAGAGAAAGCAAAGAGGCAUUGGAAAUUGAAAGGAAUUCAAGGAAGCCUCCGCCCUAUAAACACAUUAAAUCCAACAAGGUGAUCGGCAAGGUGCAGAUCCAGGUUGCAGACCUGUCGGAGAUCCCCCGCUGUAACUGCAAGCCCUCAGAUGAGAACCCGUGUGGGCUGGAGUCAGAGUGCCUCAACAGGAUGCUGCAGUAUGAGUGCCACCCUCAGGUGUGCCCAGCUGGGGAGCGCUGCCAGAACCAGUGCUUCACCAAGAGGCUCUACCCCGACGCUGAGAUCAUCAAAACCGAGCGCCGCGGUUGGGGCCUGCGCACCAAGAGGAGCAUCAAAAAGGGUGAAUUUGUGAAUGAAUAUGUUGGGGAGCUGAUUGAUGAGGAGGAGUGCCGGCUGCGGAUCAAACGUGCUCACGAGAACAGUGUCACCAAUUUUUAUAUGCUGACUGUAACCAAGGACCGAAUAAUAGAUGCUGGCCCAAAGGGGAACUACUCUCGUUUUAUGAACCAUAGUUGUAACCCAAACUGUGAAACACAGAAGUGGACAGUGAAUGGUGACAUUAGAGUUGGACUGUUUGCUCUUUGUGACAUUCCUGCAGGAAUGGAAUUAACAUUCAAUUACAACCUGGAUUGUCUGGGCAAUGGCAGGACCGAGUGUCACUGCGGAGCAGAAAACUGCAGCGGCUUCCUGGGAGUGCGGCCCAAGACAGCAUUUGCAUCGGCAAAUGAAGAGAAGGUGAAAAACGCAAAACUAAAGCAGAAGAAACGGAAAAUAAAAACAGAGCAGAAGCAGAUGCAUGAAGAUAACUGUUUCCAGUGUGGAGAUGGGGGAGAGCUGGUCAUGUGUGAUAAGAAGGACUGUCCCAAAGCAUACCACCUCCUAUGCCUUAACCUGACUCAACCACCUUUUGGAAAGUGGGAAUGUCCAUGGCAUCAGUGUGACAUCUGUAGCAAUCCUGCCGUGUCCUUCUGUGAGUUUUGCCCCCACUCCUUCUGCAAGGAUCACGAGAAGGGAGCCCUGGUGCCGUCGGCGCUGGACGGCCGCCUCUGCUGCUCUGCCCACGACCCCAAAUCUCCUGUGGCACCCGAGUACUGGAGCAAGAUCAAGUGCAAAUUGGAAGCACAGAACGCUGUGGAAGAGGCAAAGGAGUGAAUUUGGUUAAAAACAAACACGGGAGGGGAGAGGAGGGGCAGCAGGCGAUGAACUCGGAGUUUGCAGCGCCACACUCGGCUUUGUCCUCGGAGCCGUCGCGUGUGAGCUGGAAUGGGACCAUUGAGCUGAGCGAGAAGGACCAGGCAGUGGUGUUUGGUUUUUAUUGUUUGGUCUUUCUUUUACCCUUGAAUGUGCUACAGCAGCUCUUACUGUUGGAAACCAGGAGCCUUUGAAGAAAACCGUAAACCUUUUGACAGUGAAAAGAAUAUUCUGUUUAAAAUAAUGUUCUUUGAGUGUAGAAAGCAAAGCAUAGCCACAUAUUUAUUUAUUUAAUUUUGAAAGGGUGUUGAAGAUCUGGCUUUGAUCAGUCAUCGUGUCUUUAAAAACAAAACAGCGAAGCCAACGUAACUUUUGUGUCUAGUUUAUGGAAAGAGCAAAGCCUGUCCCCUCUGUAACACUGAGAUGCCAAACAGACAGGUGUGGGUGUCAGACCAGGUGGCUCUGCAAUGCCUCUGUUCCACUACUUAUUGGUAAAGGCAUUGGAGAAGGUAGGUUGUCUCUCAUGUUUACUUCUGAAUAUUAUUGUGAAGCUUUUCCUGUGAGAAAUCAGGUGUGUGACUUCUGGGAAGUGCUCGUAACACAAGGUCUGGCAGUGAGGAAGAAAUGGUGGUGCCUUGCUCCAGAGCUGUCUUGGACAGCAAAAAUUCAGAGUGUAAUUGCACAGUGGUCAUUUCUGUGUUCCACAUAUAUUUUGGAAACCUCUCCCAGGCAGGAGAGGCUCCCAGCCUCAAUCAGAGCUGAAGGCAGUCCUGCCAGUGGCUUCCUCACCUGGUUUGGUGGCAGUUCCUGAGUGAUUCUUCAGUCCUGCCUUCUCAGGCUCCCCUUGGCUUCAGGGAGACUUGGCCACGUGAGGGACCUGACCCAUGUGCAUGUUGGUUUUAAUGGAGUGUUAAUAUUUUUUUUUGUUGAGAGAGAUCUUUUAACUUUAAUCUUCAUUGUUAAUGGAGCUGAGGAACAUCUCAGCACUUCCUCAGUGAACAGGGUAUUUUGUGUCUGGGUAAGGGGCCAUAUCCCAGCAGCCAGCUGAUGCCUCUGGAGAUGCUUCUGUCUUGGAUUUCCUCUGUUAAUCAGAGAGACAGACUCCUUCAGUGAGGCUUUCAAGGUGGCUUAGGUUGCCUCUUGCUCCAGAAUAUUUUUAGAAAAACCUAUAUUCCUCCAUUUUUUUGUGCAAGGAGCCACAGGGCACUGGUGUCCCCAGGCUGGAGCUAGUUUUGGUGACUCUUCCCCCCUCAGCCCACAAUCUCACCAAGCACUGUCCCUCCCCUGCCCUGGUACAGUGAGUACUUCUGCCUUGUGUGCUGAUAACAGCUACUCCCUGCCAGCCUCUGCUCGUGGGUACUGAAAAUAAUCAAAUCUUGCUGGCAUCUGAGCCUUGGAAUUAAGAACCUUGUCUCUGGAAAACUGCUUACACAAACCUGUGGGAACACAGAGACUUCUCAGAUCAAGAAAAAAAAAUCUGUGUGGAAUUUA